UGAAGUUCAGUCACAACAAAGAUGGCGGCCCUGCUGAGGAGUGGGACCCGGGUUCUGGUGAUACUGGUCUUACUGGUGACGCUGGUUUCCGCUUCGAGUCAAAGUUCGUUCGAGCGACAGUUGUCGGUCCAGUUGAAUCCCGGUCGGACGUCGCCUCCUGGUGGCGACCUGCUGCACGUGAGAGCCCUGGGAGACAACGACACGCUGCACUACCUGUUCUGCAGCCAGGGGGCGCCAACGCUGCUGCUCGUCCACACCAACUCUUCUUCUUCUACUGUCCAGGUGGACUGGCCUCUGUUUCUGGCCCGUAACACCAGCGGCAGCCUGAGGGUGGAGCCGGAGAGCAGCAUCCUGUCCAGCACCGCCGUCGUCUUCAGCCGGUUGCUGGAGUACGAUGACGUGAACGACACGGCCGACCCGACCUCUGACCUCUUCCCCCCCUACGAGCUGCAGAACUUCACCUGGGCUCGUCUCAACCUGACGGGCGACGGCGCCCGGCUCUGCGGCGCCGUCACCAACGCCUCCAGUGGCGUGCUCUGCCUGCAGUUGUCAGUAUUUGAGUCAGAUGGGCGUGGUCAGACCUGGCCCCGCCUCUUACACACAUCUAACUCCUCCCAGCUGGAGGUGUGGAUCGAUGGCUUGUUGCCACGAGCAACUCGUUCCAGGUUCCUAUUGGAGCUGCAGUCAGUGGGCGGGGCUUAUCCUCUGAGCAGGGUGGAGGUUCAUCGAUCGAUCGAUGACGAGUACACGCCGUCAAUAUUCAAGGCGUCUCAUUGGGUUUCGGCGGCGAACGGCAGCUCUGAUGGGCGGAGCUUCGUGCAGUGGAAGCCGGUGGCGUACCGGCGGUCUGAUCCCGCCCUUGAGGAAGCCACGCCCUGCAGUCACUCCGAGCCCCGCCCUCAGAGCGCAGGGACCACCGCCGCGGCGUCGGGGCUCGUCCGGGCGUUCUACUCCGCCCUCGACCCGGUCGGGAUCAACGUGAGCUUCGGCCUCGCCGGGGAACCGUUCUACAACAGCACUGGGUUCCUCAGCUGGACGCUGGUGGUGGGCGUCGGCUCUCCGCCUGUCGACUCCUUCUCGCCGCUGGUGGUGGCCAUCAUGGCGGUGGCACUGGGAUCCCUGGUGCUCCUCCUGUUGCUGGGCGGACUCUGGGUCGGCCUGAGUAAGAAACCAGCGGAUUCAACGACAGCUUAUGAGCCAAUCAACUGAGGGCUGGUCGCAGCCAAUGAGACGACAGAGACUCUUUGAUGACAUCACUCUACUGAAGACCCAACUGAGUCCAGACAGCCAAUCAGAACCCAGAUUUUUUACACAUUUUUUUUUAAAGAUAUUAAUCAACAGAUUAAAACACAUAACUCAGUUUAAUGAGAAACUGAAAAUCUUGUAUGAGCGACUCUUUCAAAACCCUUCGGAAAUAUUUAGUUUAUUUUUAGUCAGAGCUGAGUUCUAAUUGGAGAAAUGAUUUUAUUCCUUCCACUUUAAAUCAUUUGUUCUUCAUGUUGAUGGUUGUGAAAGUUCACCUCAUUAACUGUUUAGUAAAACUUUUACUGUAUGAAAUUUAUUUGAAAAGCAUCAGGGUUUGAGACUCAGGAUCAAAUCAUAACAUUCAAUGUAAAUAAAAAGAUUCAGAAUAUUUAGUAUUAACUUCCCGUCAUGUGACGCUGGUUCUUUUACUUUCUUCAGUCGCAGAAACACGUGAGUUUUUGGUUGAAUUUUAAUUUUCUUGUUUCAGUUCAUUUUUAACAACCUGUCGCUGAACCCCGUUGAUUUAAUCACAGAAAAACCGAAACAUUUAAUAAAAUCUGAAGACAAAUGUUCGUCAUUUGCGGCUCGACCAAUCAGGGCUCAGCGUGUGGGCUGGGUCGACCAAUCAGCUGAAAGACAGAUUCAUAACAGUGAGGGACGAGUCGACAUGAGAACUCGGUUCUGACAUGAUUCACCUUUUAUUUGUUUCAUAUUGAAAAUAAUGCUUGAACAUUUUAUAAAGUAGAAUUCUCCAUUAGGAUUGAAUUGAAUGAUUUGACGCCAUGUGUGAUGUCACAAAGGUUUAAGUCUGAAAUAAAAUUCUUGGAGAAUUCAUCUUUUGAAUUUUUACGAGUGAAGAUCUUGAUAAUGUAAAAAACUCGAGUUAAAAGAUUCAGACUUCUCUGAUCUUUGCUCUGACUCCAGAUCGUCUCCUCCUGUCAUGUUCAAUAAAGUUCAGAUUGAAAAGAAAA